AUGGCAGCACCAAAAGAUUCAUCUUCAUAUUUACCAGACGAAUUAUGGGAAUACAUCUUCAAAUUCCUCAACGGCGACCACCACCGCACUCUCCAGCCUCUCACCACCGUCUCCAAACAGUUCCUCUCCAUCACAAACCGUCUCCGACUCUCCCUCACAAUCACAUAUCCCACCUUACUUUUCAUUCCAAACCUCUUCCACCGCUUCCCUAACCUCACAUCCAUCGACCUCACUCUCCUACCCCAAACCCUAAACAUCGACGCUCUUCUCAUCCAAAUCGCCACAUUCCCCUACGACCUACGAUCCUUAUCCUGCAACAACAUGCCGGUGAAUGGAUUACUAGCUUUAUCCAAAACAAUGAAGAAUUUGACCUAUUUCUCAUGUUCUAGAAUGCCUUUUAUCAACAAGAAUCAUCUUCUUUUCAUUGCUUAUUGUUUCCCUUCACUCGAAGAACUCAAUCUCACUUAUCCCUCUGUUUCUAGGGUUUCUGAUUUUGUGCUGGAGGAUAAUCAAUCGGUAAGAUUUCCGAAACUCCGCAAGAUUAAUUUGUCUGGUAAUAAUAUCAAUGACAAGUUUUAUGAUCAUAUGUGGGAGUGUUGUGAGCUUCUUGAAGAGUUCGCUAUGAGUAAUUGGAAUGCGAAGAAGUUGCCAAGAGUAUAUACUGCCUAG